GAAGAGCAUGACAUUGAUGCCCCAGGAGAGCAGAAACAGCCAGGCUGGGCCUCUGCACAAGAAGAAACCUCCCAAACUCCCCAAUGGCUUAAGUCUGGAGUCUUGUCCGAACAACCACCACCUGCACCAGUCAUCCGACCAGGAGAACAAUCCGCGUCUAGCGCACACACAGGGGAAGAGGAAGAGGAAACAUCUGAAGAAGAAGCGCAAAAUGCUGAAGCCUGGGCAGAACAACUGCAAGGAGAGCGACAGCGAAGGCGUGAGCGGCAAGUCAAAGCCUUCGAUCAGGAGCAGCUCUAGAGACAGAGUGACAGAUUGUGACACUGAGAGUGACCAGGAAGACAAGGUUUCCGAUGCCAGUUCAGAGAAAUUUUUCCGCACAGCAGCAAUUAAAGGUCCUGAUUUUGGCAUCAAUGCAGUCUCCACCAAUGGCAGCCGGGAGCCUCACGGCCCGGGCCUCCUCCAGGUGUCAGGCCUAGAGAGGAGCCAGGAAAGGAGCCAGGAGAGCUGCAAGGAUCCGCAGCCUCCUGAAUCCAGCACCUUGAAUCCAGCUCUUCCCUCGCCACAGCCUGAGGGAACCGUCUUCCAGGCCCAAUCCCCUCCACAGACCCUGACAAACGGCUCGGACCAGGCUCCGGCUCCAACCCGCUCACUUCCACACUCGGAGGCUCUCCCCACGCCUCGGACACCUGCAGCUCUGCCUCUCGCCCAGGGCCAGGAGACCUCACCGCCCCCUCUUCCCCGGCCCCAGCUACAGCCUGAACACCCUACCCACACUAGGCGUCAGCCCACCCCAAACCUUCACCCACACCCUCCAUCUCCUGCCCUUCCGACCCACCACCCUCACCAGCAGCACCCUAAUCAGACGGGGCCUCAUCGGCCCCCAUCGCGCUGCAACCCCAGGCCCCUUUCUGCCUACAACGGCCUCAACGGCCACAGCAGCAGCAGGAGCAGCACCCCAGGCACCAAGCUGCACGGAUCCUCUGCUUCCUCCUUGCACCUUCCCAACCAGCCGCCUGCUCCGGCGGCAGCUGCAUUCCCUCUGCCUCUGGCUGCCAACCAGAGCGCCCCCCACGGCUUCCCGUCUGCACUGCAGCCCUCGCCACAUCCUCACCACCCCAAUAUGUUUGCGACUCCAGCAGCAUUGCCCCCACCACCGCCACUGACAUCUAGCACCCUGCCGGUACCUGGACAUCCUGCUGCUGGGAGUGCCUAUUCAGAACAAGACCUUCUCCGUCAGGAGCUGAACACGCGAUUCCUGGCCUCCCAGAGCGCAGACCGCGGCGCCUCGCUGGGCCCUCCCCCCUACCUGCGAACAGAGUUCCACCAGCACCAACAUCAGCAUCAGCACCAACACACCCACCAGCACACGCACCAGCACACGUUCACGCCCUUCCCCCACGCCAUCAUGCCCACCCCAGCACCGCCCAUGGUGCGUACCCCAACCAGAAAUUUUGACAAAUACCCAACAAAAGUCGAUCCCUUCUACAGGCACAGUCUUUUCCACUCAUACCCUCCAGCCAUGUCCGGCCUCCCACCUGUCAUUCCCCCUACUGGACCCUUCAGCUCCCUGCAGGGUGCCUUCCAACCCAAGACAUCUAAUCCAUUGGAUGUUUCCACCAGACCUGGGGCGGUCCCUCACACAUUCUUACAAAAGGACCCCAGGCUGACGGAUCCAUUUCGGCCUAUUCUAAGGGUGAGUCAGCUCAGUUCAUCCAUACACUUUUUUGUUUUGUUUCCCCAUCAUCACCUCACCAAAAUAAAGACUGUGACACCAACAGGACACUAUGCACCUUUAGAUGCUACAUUCUUAUUGUUUAUUUGCAGUUUAAUGACAAAGGUUUUCCACCAGAGUUGUAAUCUUCACCUAGUAAUGUGUUCAACUCUUCCUUUCACAGGUCCUACCCACCCGUCAGCCGCCCCGUUCGGCCACCCACCCCCUCACCCUGGAAACUUCCUCACCCCAGCAUCACACUUAGAGCCUUUCAACAGGCCGUCAUCAUUUGGAGGACUGGGAUCUCUCAGUUCAUCUGCAUUUGGGGGGCUAGGAAAUCCAGCACUAACGGCCAACUCUGUGUUCGGCCAUAAGGACGGCCCCAACGCACAGCAGCACUUAAACAGCAGCGGGAACAGCAGCCACCAGGAGCCGUGGAAUCGCCUUCACCGCACGCCGCCCUCGUUUCCCACGCCGCCCCCCUGGCUGAAACCCGGAGACUCCGAGAGGAGCGCCUCGGUCAGCUCACACGAGAGGGAUCGGGACUCGGAUAAACGGGACUCAGUCGGCAAAGACGACAAAGACAGGGAUUCUGUAGAAAAGCGUCAACAGAGCCAUCCAUCCCCAGUCCCCGUCCAUCCAAUCAACCUCCUGGGCCACAACCGUCCCCCCGAGCACCACAGGAACCAUCUGCCUCCUGCUUCUGGAGACCCUCAGAGGGACAAGGAAGCAAAGGCCAAAGAAAAAGAGAGGGAGCACCAAGAGUCUUGGAAGGACAACACAGAUGACCACAAGCUCAAAGAAAGCCAGCACGGCGACAAGGACGCCCCCGUCAUCCAUGACGGCCGAGCACCAGAGGAAAAGGUGCCCAGCAGGGGAACGACGUCGCCCUACGUCCGGCAGAACAGCCUGGAGCGUCCGAACGGUGGUCUGAGUCGGGAGGCCCUGGAGAAGAAGGCAGAGCUGUCAUAUGAGCAGCAGAAGAAGAACAGUGAGGUAAAAGUGAAGGAGGAGAGGAAGGAGGAGCAGGACGGGGUAACGGAGAGGAUCGGUGAACCCCCUUCACGGGCGUCCUCCACCCCGACGCUGCACCCACCCUCUUCGGUGUCUGUUCCCAUGGGCAUGGCAGGUGUCCACCCCAUCAACAGCAUCAGCAGUCUAGAGAGAACUCGUGUUGUGGCCCCCUUCAUGGGUGCAAGCCCCCUCCCUGGAGCCGAGAGGUUUCCCUAUCCAGCUUUUCACUGGGACCCAAUGAGGGACCCCUACAGGGGCCUAGACAUCCACAGGAGGGACCCCUUAGCCAGAGACCUGCUGCUAAGGAACGACCCCCUACACCGGCUGGCGGUUCCGCGCCUCUACGAGGCCGAGCGCUCCUACAGGGACCGCGAACCUCAUGACUUUAACCGUGACCACGCCCACUCUUUGGCGCUGGAGCAGAGACGGGAGCAGGAGCGCGCGCAGCUGGAGGAGCGAGACCGCCUCAACAUGCUCAGAGAGGACUACGAACACGGGCGUCUCCACCCUCCAAUGCACCACCCCGUCCUCGACGGACACCUUCCCCACCCUGCCCCGGGCCUCAUGGCCCCGGGACUGCCGGGCAUGCACUACUCCAGGGUGAGCCCCUCGGCUGCAGCGGCCGCCGCCGCCGCGGCGCACCAGAGCAGCAUCUUAAACAAAACCCCACCCACCGCCUCGCUGAGUGCACCGCCCCCUCUCAUCCCCACAUUGGGCGCCCGGCCCGGGUCACCCAGACGGACUACUCCCCUGGCCACAGAUAUCAGGGACAGACCGACUCACAAAGACAUUGAGGCACGAUGAGCGGCGUCCUGUCCCUCCAUCCCCGUGCCUCACCGUCACUAAACUCACACCCAGCACUUAGCUUCGGACAGAGCGAGACUGUAACAUAGCUGUGAAUAAUUUAUGUGGGCAGAGACGUGUCUGCAGGUCUUUUUUGUACAAAACUUUAACAAAAAGAACAUUUGUUUCUUUUAUUUUUUUUAUAGUUUGCUCCAUGGUUCUGUGUGCAUUCUUGAUCCUGUUUAGCAAAGUGAUGUGGAGUCAGACUAAACCUUGGAAUGUACAGCUCCUUUAGCACUGACAGUCAUGUAUAUAACGUGUACAGUCGCUGUGCUCACCCUGUAUGGAUCGAAAAUCAUGGUACAAAUAUGCAAAAGAGUGUUUCGAAAGCUUUACUUUGAUUAAAUGUAAAUAUAGGAGUAUUAUGGCUUUGAUUCAGAAUGUGCUUUUUGCUAUUUUUCUGUUUAGGUUUGUUGUUUUUUUUUCAGCAUGUUCCAGAGAUCCCACAUACAACUAUGCAACAAAUGUCUGGGCUCCUGUUCUGAAAGCUGGCCUUCUCAGCACGGCUGACUGUGCAUCAAUAAAAGGAAAAAAACAUGGCUGGAAAGACAAGCUUUAACCGGUUCAGAUUAAACUAAUCGACAAAGUUUAGGAAGGAUCCUAUCGUACGGUAAAUUUUGGUGACAAUCUACAAUCUUUUAUUGACUCAAAGUAUUUUCUUAAAUCGCAGCCGAGACGACGAUUGAUUCUCCGUCUCGGCUCGCGUUUCGUUCUGGUUUCCGGGGCGGGGGGGGAGUGUAGUCCAGUCAAACACCACCGCAGCACAUCCAGCCCAACCGAUGGUGUGUAAAGUACGUUUUGGAG